AAGGAUCUUUUUGGCAGAAGUGGGUCUUGAUUCUUCUGAGGCAGAGAAGACUCCGCUGGACGCCAGAGUGAGGCCUCUGGGUGACGGAAUGAUGCCACCAAGACCUGCUCCCUCAUCUUUUCAUGGUGGUGGAGGGGAGGCAGCAGCUGUGGACCCAGAUCAGGGUCCAGUGUGCUUUGAAGAUGUAGCUGUCCAUUUCACAGACGAGGAGUGGGCGUUGCUGGAUCCUGACCAGAGAGCUCUCCAUAAGGAAGUCAUGGAGGAGAAUCGUGGGAUCUUGGACUCUCUCGUUUCAGGUGGUGAUGAAUUGGAAAUAAAGAACAAGGGAGACCACAACGAAAUCCACACAGUGGAGGAGCCAUAUCAGGAUUCAGACUGUGGAGAGAGCUUCAGUCAGAGCUCCCAUUCCACUUCCCAUCAAAGAAAUCCCCUUGAGAAGAAACCUUAUCACUGCUUGGAAUGUGGAAAAAGCUUCACUCGGAGUGCCAAUCUCACUUCCCAUCAAAGGAUUCAUACAGGGGAGAAACCCUAUCAGUGCGUGGAAUGUGGAAAGAGCUUCAAUCAGAGGGCCAAGCUCAUUUCCCAUCAAAGGAUUCAUACAGGGGAGAAACCCUAUCACUGCUUGGAGUGUGGAAAGAGCUUCACUGAUAGCUCCUCCCUCACCUCCCAUCAAAGAAUUCAUACAGGGGAGAAACCCUAUCAGUGCGUAGAAUGUGGAAAGAGCUUCACUCGGAGUGCCAAUCUCACUUCCCAUCAAAGGAUUCAUACAGGGGAGAAACCCUAUCAGUGCGUGGAAUGUGGAAAAAGCUUCAGGACGAGCUUUGAACUCACUUUGCAUCAAAGGAUUCAUACAGGGGAGAAACCCUAUCACUGCUUGGAGUGUGGAAAGAGCUUCAGUCACAGGUACAAUCUCACUUCCCAUCGUAGAAUUCAUACAGGGGAGAAACCAUAUCACUGCUUGGAUUGUGGAAAGAGCAUCAGUCGCAGCCAUGAUCUCACUUCCCAUCGUAGAAUUCAUACAGGGGAAAAACCAUAUCACUGCUUGGAGUGUGGAAAAAGCUUCAGGAUGCACUCUGAACUCACUUCCCAUCAAAGGAUUCAUGCAGGGGAGAAACCCUUUCAGUGCAUGGAAUGUGGAAAGAGCUUCAUUAGAAAGCACAGUUUCACUUCACAUCAAAGAAUUCAUACAGGGGAGAAACCCUUUCAGUGCUUGGAAUGUGGAAAGAGCUUCAAACAGAGGGCUCAUCUCACUUCCCAUCAAAGGAUUCAUACAGGGGAGAAACCCUAUCAGUGCUUGGAAUGUGGAAAAAGCUUCAGGACAAGCUCUGAACUCACUUCCCAUCAAAGGAUUCAUACAGGGGAGAAACCCUGUCAGUGCCUGGAAUGUGGAAAGAGCUUCAGUCAGAGGGCCAAGCUCACUUCCCAUCAAAGGAUUCAUACAGGGGAGAAACCAUAUCAGUGCUUGGAAUGUGGAAAGAGAUUCACCUGGAAAAUAAGCUUCACUUCCCAUCAAAGAAUUCAUACAGGGGAAAACCCCUAUCAGUGUCUGGAAUGUGGAAAGAGCUUCACCAGGAAAGAAAGUCUCACAUCCCAUCACAAAAUCCAUACAGGGGAGAAACCCUAACAGUGCGUGGAAUGAGGAAAGAGCUUCAGUCAAAGCAAAAAUUUCAUUUCCCAUCAGAGAAUUCACACAGAGAAUUCAGUGCCAAGAGUGUGAUCGGAGGGAUUUAUGAAAGUUUGGUCUCAUUUUUAAAGUUCUUAACACAAUUGGAGCUCUUAAAAGGACUUAGAGCUCCCUGAAAAAGCUAAAAUCAAGACAGGUUUGGAUAAGUUCGUUUCUCUUUGAAGGAAAAUAUUUCUUCUACUCUGAGCCACUUAAAGAGAAUUGGAUUCCUGCAAGACAACUACUCUUAUCUGGACGUAUAAAUUGCUAUGUCCUCUUGGACACAUUUUUUAUUUUUUAUUUUUUAUGGUUCUUCUCUUAAAGUAAUUAUUUGGUUUAUUUGUUUAAUUGAAAUCUUAAUUUGAGAAAUUGGAUUUUAUGUUGAACAGCUUAUGUGUGUUGGGUAUCAGGCUGGAAGGAAGAGGGAGGGCUGGAAAAAUGCAGGUAACAGGAUCUCUUGGGAAAGAGUUAUUCUGUGACCUUGACAAACUGAUAAGGUGCUGCUGGAAAAUAGGCUGCUUUGAGAACAAGGGAGAGGGAGAUUUUGAAUAUGGCAGUUCAAAAACAGUUAACACCAGGCCUGUGUUAAAUUUGGAGAAGCUAUUAGCCCGAAUUGAUAAAAAUCAUUAAAUGGUGACAAAUUUGACCACUAAAGUAGAGACACUGACAAAGAAAACAGAAGCACUAGGUCUCUCCAUGAAACGAAGGGAGGAGAAGUCUGAAAAGAUGGGGGAAAAGACAAAAAAUGGAAAUAAGAACAGGAGACACUUAGGAUUGCUGUCGACGGUUUGGGUGGAAGAUAAGAGGCAAUUGCGGGCGCUUUGGCGGUUCUUGAGAUGAGACAGAAAGCCCAGCCUCUGAGACGGAGAGGAGGGAGGAGAGCAGGAUUUUAGCAAAGGUUUGAGCGGAGUGGCUGGGAGUGGAAGAGGAAUUCAUGGAGGAGGUGCCACUCUCCUCACAGCUGGGGUGGUGGUGGUUUUUUGGGUAGAAAACCAAUGUGAAUAAAUCCCCCCCCAGUGAAACCCCCUGGCCGGUCCUCCUGUCUCCGUCUCCCUGUGCCCCCACCCUGCCCCAAUCAAAGUCCCAGCCAGCAGCUGCCCCCAAGGCCUUCCUCCACCCAUCUUGGGGCCUCAAGGCAUGCGGGCAGAAUUUGGUGGGGGGCCCGGCUGGGCUCAGAUGUCUGCUUUCCUCUCCUUGCACCGAGAAGCUUGUCUACUAACUAAUGGAUAAAGGGUUGUUUGGAAGACUAAGCCCUCUCAACCCCCCACCCUGUUUUAAGGAAAACCCGCAGGAGGGGCGGGUAAGGGAGGCAGAACUAGGAAGUCCAGAAGUGACCGAGGCCGAGCAUCCACAGGAAGCAGAACCACAACCGAGUGGACCAGUGGCGUCCAAUCCAACGACCCCGUCACAGCCGGCAGCCCUGGAACAAGAGCCAGAACCAGGAACCCCUGCUGAGAGACACCCAAGACCACAAGGCAUACGUAGGUGACCGGAAUACCUCAACAACUAGGAAUGCUAACCUUCUGGGCGCAACAGGAACGUAGAGGGGAGGGGGGUUAUGUACUAAGCUUGGAGCCUAGAACAAAAGGCUAGUGGGAUCCUAGAAUGCAACAACUGAUUGGCCUGCAGGAAAAGACCAAUCAGGCUCCAGGAGGGAAGCAGAAUCAGCCAGUCAGACGGGACUGAUUGUGCAAAUAAUGUAUAUAACAGACUAAGGUUUGGGGUGCAAUUAAAUCACUGUUUUACAAGCUGCAAUAAAGAGCAUGAAAUCACUACAGGACUCAGAGUAUAUUUCAGAGAAUCUAAUGCAUCUUUGUUUGGGAUUGUCCAGCAAGGAGAUUGGAGAUGGUUGCCAGUCAAAGGGUAGUUUAAGACACGGGGGGGGGAGAGCUCCUUGUGAAAGGGGGGGGCAGUUUUGGGAGACAUUCCAGCCGUGGCAUUGGGAGCCAGAUGAGGAAUCCUGGAAGAGGACACUCCAGGCUCAUCUAGUCCAACCCCUGCAAUUCAGGAACCCCGGUUCUUAGUCUCGCCAGCUCCCUUGAACUGGGCAACUCAGAUGCCUGGAGCAGCGCCCCGUUGGAGAACAGCCUUGGGUCGCCUCUGGAGCUGGCCGGACCUUUUCGACGGCUGUUUCCAUCCCCCCUGCCUUCUGCUGGCAGGCCCGGUUGGGAGCCCUCAAAGCCCAUUGAGGGUGCCUGGUCCUGGAGGUGGUUUUCAAGUUGGAACUAUGUUUUGACCCUUUGCCAAAAGGAGAUGCCACAAAGUGUGUGUCGGGAGGGUGUCUUUUCAGUGCCAGGAUACAAGGUGCUCUCUUGACCUGGGAGCCCAAUCCCUCUCCCCCACCCCUAGAAAAGGGGGUCUUCCCCUCAUCCUCUCCUUGCAGAACCCCCUUUUCCUUCCUCUUUGCUCAGAGAGUCGAAACCAACUCUCUCUCAAGGGACCCUGGAGCCAAACACUUGAAGAGUUUUACUUCUCUGGGCCCCUGACCAACCACAUGGCUGGAUGGUCAUUUCCACCAUUCCAGAGGUGAGACCCUCCAUCCUAACCAGGGAGGGUGUUGCUUUACUUGCCAACAAGCAGGACACACACGCCUGUUUGUUGGCAUCAGGCUGCAAGAAGCUCAGGGGAAGUGGCAGGUUGGGGCACCUAGGAGAAUAUCCUACACCCAAAGACGCCCCAUGUGGUUUAGCGGACAGACUAAGAGCCCUGGAGCUGAAGGAGGGAGACCUGGGCCCAGUCCCCCCCAUGGCUAGGAGCUCUGGAGGGAGGUGGGGAAGAUGGGGAGUGAGAGGAGCUGGUUCUGGGUGGAAACAUCCACUCUGAGGAAAAGAUCACCAGCUAGAGAAAGGAGUCUCUGAGCUUAGUGGGAAGGACAGUGUGUGGUGUCCUGGGAGAGGAAAUCAGGCCAGGAAUGAACUGGGAGGCUGAGCCAGGAGAAGGAGGAGCUGGAAAGAGACCGGCUGCUGAGCUCUCAUCCCAGUCAGGAGGGGAGAGAUCCUUCUAGAAAGAGAAGACUCCCAAACCAGAGAUCCCUUGGGUCUUUGGCUUGGGUACCUCGGGAGUAGGGUAACUGGCAGAAAGUGCCACCUUGUUAAGAGCCAAAGUAUUACGUGUGAAACAACUGAGAAAACCUUGAAGAGAAAUAACAUUGUAAACUGAGGUAUCCUAAGUUUUAUCCACUCAUGUCAAAAACUUCCUUGUUAAAUAAAAUUGUUAAUGUUUAUUUGAA